AGAAAAAUCGUGUAAGUUGUGGAAACAAAAAAAGAGAGGCAAAUACUCCGUCACCCAAAUCCGCCUCUAUAAUAUCCAAUAAGGCGGCAAAACAAUGACGGCGACUCUCCCCAUUUCCACUUUUGCCCCUCUCUACCGCCCUCUCCCAACUUUCCCCUUUCUCUCUGCAACCCUAAAAUCCCUCCCCCUCAGAUUUCGUCACUGAUUACGUCAAUUUCUGAUACCCUCUCUUGUCUGAAUGCGGCUCCUUGUCAUAGGUCGAAUACCCUAGCUGUUUCCGCCGCUGGGGGGUAAAUGGAAGAGCCCGGCCAGCUCAAGCGGGCCGUCAUUGACGCCACCGCCGGGUUAGUCGCCGGCGGGAUCUCCCGGACCGUCACCUCGCCGCUCGACGUCAUCAAGAUUCGAUUCCAGGUUCAGCUGGAGCCGACAUCUACAUGGGCUUUGGUGCGUCGGAAUUUGACCGGGCCGUCGAAAUAUACCGGGAUGUUUCAGGCCACGAGGGAUAUUUUGCGAGAGGAAGGCUUGCCGGGGUUCUGGCGAGGCAAUGUUCCAGCUCUACUUAUGGUUAUGCCGUAUACCGCGAUUCAGUUUACUGUACUGCACAAAUUGAAGACAUUUGCGGCCGGUUCUUCCAAGACAGAGGAUCAUGUUCAUUUAAGUCCUUAUUUGUCCUACGUCAGUGGAGCGGUAGCAGGUUGUGCAGCUACUGUUGGGUCAUAUCCAUUUGAUCUUCUUAGGACCUUGCUAGCUUCACAGGGGGAACCUAAGGUGUAUCCAACUAUGAGGGCUGCAUUUGUCGAUAUAGUUAAAACACGUGGAUUUCGAGGAUUGUAUGCUGGACUGUCACCAACACUGGUAGAGAUUGUUCCCUAUGCAGGCUUGCAAUUUGGUACCUAUGACACAUUUAAGCGCUGGACCAUGAUGUUGAACCAGUUUAGAUCGUCUAGUGCAAACUUAUACGGUACGGAGAAUAGUCUCACAAGCUUUCAGCUUUUCCUCUGUGGUCUGGCUUCCGGGACCUGUGCCAAACUUGUCUGUCAUCCACUUGAUGUGGUCAAGAAGAGAUUCCAGAUUGAAGGACUACAAAGGCACCCGAGAUAUGGAGCACGAGUCGAGCACCAUGCUUACAGCAAUAUGGUUGAUGCGUUGCGACGAAUAAUGCAUAAAGAAGGCUGGGCUGGUCUUUAUAAGGGAAUAGUCCCAUCAACGGUCAAAGCUGCUCCUGCUGGUGCAGUGACAUUUGUGGCUUAUGAAUAUACAUCAGACUGGUUAGAGUCUAGAUUAACUUGAUUCUAACCACGCUCUACUCAGCAAAUAUUAAUUUUGGAUCAUU